CCGGCAUGAGAGAGGCAUCUGCAUUCUCGGGCACAUGGGUUCCCACAUGGUCUGCUUGCGGAUGCUGAUGCUGCGGCUGUGAUGCUGCUGCUGCUGCCUACCCUCCCAUCCAUAGGCUACCUUCAGCCAUUCACAGCCUCCAUGAGAGAGGACGAGACGCUGUACCGUAUAGGACACUAAACGCAGUCUGAGUAGAGACAAUGUGUGCCUUCCUUGGUCUCUUGACUUUGUUUUGCUCGGGAUGAGUAGGCUGAACCUCGUGGAGGGCGGACCGCUGAAAGAGAAAACACCCUGCGCAUCUCGGUGCCAGAUGGACUUUCUAAAUCCGCAAGCCGCAGUUAUACCCAAGUAAAAUGGAGGAUAGCUUUGAUUGCGACUGUGGCGAGCUUGAGCCACCUGAUCAUUGAGGGUGAACAAUUACUUUGAAGACUUAAAGGCCAGACUCAUUUCAGUUUUAUAGAUCAGGUGACUUGACAGGAAAAUCACAGAUAAGUAAAUCAAUAUAAACAAAAAUAAGAGGAAAAAAAAUAAUCUGAAGCUGCUCAGGACCUGUCAUACACUGAAUCUAUCUGCACUGUAAGGAUGCAACUACAUGCUUUUAUAGUUUAAUAUAGUGUCAGUGGUUUUUAAUUGGCCUCAAAGUCCAUUCCGUUGCAGUCUGUAAACACUAGUCUACUACAAAGUUUUACAUUUUCUCUCCUUAUUCAAAAUGGAACAGAAGUUUGACCUCGCAUUAGUGCCCAUCAUUAGACAGUGACGUCUACACGGGGGACUCAGUAGUCGUCCGUACAGGGGUCAGUUAGCUCAGCUGCUGAAGCAGUGGGAAUUGUCCUAUAAAUUCCUCCAUAGGUGUUGAAGUUUGACUUGACACAGGCCAGACAGAGCUUGGGGUAAAAGCCGAAAAACAGUCGUCAUGGCAGAGAAGUUUGACUCACUGAUGAACAUCCAUGGCUUUGACCUGGGUUCUCGCUACAUGGACUUGAAGCCUCUGGGCUACGGGGGGAACGGCCUGGUGUUCUCAGCAGUUGACACGGACUGUGACAAGCGUGUUGCCGUGAAGAAGAUUAUCUUGACUGACCCCCAGAGUGUGAAGCAUGCCCUGCGGGAAAUCAAAAUUAUCAGACGUCUCGACCAUGACAACACUGUCAAGGUGUUUGAAACAUUGGGCCCCAAUGGUCGCAGGCUAACGGAGGAUGUGGUGUCCCUGACAGAGGUCAACUCGGUCUACAUUGUGCAGGAGUACAUGGAGACAGACCUGUGUCAGCUGUUGGAGAGGGGCCUUUUGUCUGAGGGCCACGCCAGGCUCUUCAUGUACCAGCUCCUACGGGGCCUUAAAUAUAUCCACUCUGCCAAUGUGCUGCACCGCGACCUCAAGCCUGCCAACCUGUUUCUCAACACAGAGGACCUGGUACUGAAGAUCGGGGACUUUGGGCUGGCCCGCAUCAUGGACCCACACUACUCUCACAAGGGUCAUCUCUCUGAAGGUCUGGUCACCAAGUGGUACAGGUCUCCUCGCCUGCUGCUCUCUCCUGACAACUACACCAAAGCCAUCGACAUGUGGGCCGCCGGCUGCAUCUUUGCCGAGAUGCUCACAGGGAAAACCCUCUUUGCAGGAGCCCACGAACUGGAGCAGAUGCAGCUGAUCCUGGAGUCCAUCCCCGUGCUGCGAGAGGAAGACCGACAGGAGCUCCACAGCGUCAUCCCGGUCUUCAUCCGCAACGACAUGUCCAAGCCUCACACACCGCUGGCUAAGCUGCUGCCUGACGUCAGUCCCCAGGCCCUUGACUUCCUGGAGAAGAUCCUGACCUUUAACCCCAUGGAUCGCCUCACUGCGGAGGAGGCCCUGGCCCACCCCUAUAUGGCCGACUACUCCUUCCCCCUAGACGAGCCUGUCUCUCUGCACCCCUUCCACAUUGAGGAUGAAGUAGAUGAUAUCCUGCUCAUGGACCAGAGCCACAGCCACACCUGGGACAGAUAUCAUGAGAGCCAGCUGUCAGAGGCUGACUGGCACUUGCACAGCACCCACGACCCAGACGAAGUUCAGGUUGACCCAAGGGCUCUCUCUGACGUUACAGACAAGGAGGAGGUUCAGGUGGAUCCUCGUAAAUAUGCUGACGGAGAUCGGGAGUUCCUGGACGAGCCGUCCUUCGAUUACUCCACUCUGUUCCAGCCGGAGCAAUCCUGGCAGGACGACCACCACGAGAACAAAUACUGUGACUUGCAGUGUAGCCACACCUGUAACUACAAGGCCGUGUCGCCCUCCUACCUGGACAACCUCAUCUGGAGGGACAGCGAAGUCAACCACUACUACGAGCCCAAGCUCAUCAUCGACAUCUCCAACUGGAAGGAGCAGCAGAGCAAGGAGAAGGCGGACCGCAAGGCCAAGAGCAAGUGCGAGAAGAACGGGCUGGUGAAGGCCCAGAUCGCGCUGCAGGAGGCCGAGAAGACCCAGGGUCCGGCGGAGAAGGACAGCGAGCAGGAGAAGCAUCAGACGGAGAAGCCUCAAAGCCAGCAGAACCAAGGCUUUGACUUUGACUCCUUCAUCGCCAGCACCAUUAAACUGAGCCUGCAGCCGGAGCCCUGUCAGGAGGCGGCGCUGCUCCACGAGGUGGGCCUCCUCAACGAGCUCAACUCUUCGGUUUCCCAGCUGGAGGCUCCCCGCUCGGGCUCCAUGUCCAAGUCCAUAAGUCAGGAGAAGGAGGAGAAGUGCCUGGUGAACCUGGCCCAGUUAGGCGGAGGAGGGCUGGGAGUCGUCGUCGGCGACGGCGCCUGGCCCGCCCGCCCCUGGGAGAGCUUUGGCUCCGGGGAGCGAGUCGGGGAGAACGGCUGUCUGAUAGACGAAGCAUGCUGGGACAUUCACAAAGAGGACCAGCUCCAGAAGGAGAGCACUUACACCAGCUACCUGGACCGCCUGUUCAGCCGCAAGGAAGACGGGGCCGGAGAGACUGUGGCCGGCUCGGAGACGGAGCCCUCGGAGGGGACAGAGCUGGACGACAGCUUCCUCUGCAGGAGCACGGAGAUCGUGCUUAACAUGCAGCUGGACUCUCUGGCCCUGCCUGGCUUUGACGGCGCCGAUGACUUGCCUCUAAAAUCCAUCCAGGCGUCCCUCACCCCGUGCGCUGUCAAAUGCUCCCCACAGAUUCCCCACAAAACAUACAGCAGCAUCUUCAAGCAUCUUAAUUAAAAAUAAAUAUAUAUAUAUAUAUAUAUAUAUAUAUAUAUAUAUAUCCUCCCUCACAGUGCAAAAUCUAGGCAGUUUUUUUUAAUAAUAUGGUAUAUUAUUGAACUUGAAUCAUUUCAUAAUUUUUUUUUAUUAUUAUGGUUACUUUUAAUUAUUUUGUUUUAAGAGUUGACAGGGGUGAUUUAUUAUAUUUAAAAAAAAUGUUGGUCAUAACUCUGAGCCUUGACCACCAGGCCUUCAUGGGUGAACGUCUGCUGCGCUCUCAUUGCUGAACUGGCACGUCACUCGCACACUUAUGUACUGUAUACGAACGGAAAGGCGGGAGAGAAGUAACUAGACGAAAGAUGGACGGAUGGUAGGAGAGGCGUUUUUUUUUUAUUCGAGAGACGAGGUUUGGCUGUUAGGGUGUGACCUAAGGAAGGACGCUAGACGCUGACAUUGCUGUAGGCAUUAUUAAGUGCAUUGAAACAGCUUUUCCUAGGACGGGAUACAAAA